UAUUAUAGAAAGGACUCAUUAGUGUUUGUGUUUCUUUUGUGUAAGCAAAAAGAGAGCUUCAAAUUAUUUCUUACAAAGAGAUUAAAGUUUGUUCAAGAACAUGGGUUUCUUGCUUCUCAAGAAGAUUAGUCUCCUCUUCCUCCUAAUUUCUGCAUCACUCUUGUCAAUUUCCUUUGCAGGUCGACUGCAUAGGUCAGUGAGCAAAUUGGAUCAGAAACAAGUGACUGCUACUCAUGAGGAACAUCAUGGAAAAAUGAGUGAAGUCCAUGAAAGACUUCUUAGAGUGAACACCAAAGACUAUGGAAGAUAUGAUCCAGCCCCAGCACUGGUCAAGCCUCCUUUCAAACUCAUUCCAAACUGAUCAGUAGUAUCUCCAUAAAUAAACUAUGUAAUAUAUAUAAAUUAUCUUUUUUAAUAUAUGUUUUAUAUAUUAUAUAAUAUAUAUAUACAUACACACACAUAAUAUAUACAUAUGUGUGUGCGCGUGUGGUAUGUUUUUGUAUGUAGGGUUUUCAAGCAUUUGUAUCACUUGUACAAUUAUAUAUAAAUAUAUAUAUAUAUGUAUGGAAUGUUUUCAA